ACAAAAACACAAAUAAUAACACUCAUGAAAUAUUAUCAACAUGCAUAGAACGUGGGCCCGCGCCGAGCAAUCCAGCUCCUGCAAGGAGAGCCACGAAAUCUUUCCGCAGGAUAUUCCCCCACCUCGUCGCUUCUCAUUUGUUCCCACGUAUGAAAAAGAUGAACCAGCAAUGGGUUUAUUAUUGGGCUGGGAAUAUGGUCGCCUAUGGUUAAAGGAGCAUAAGGAGACUAUGAUUAAGCAGCUAAGUGAAGCGAAGCCACUUUUCAUUCAACCCGACUUUAUCUGGUGGGUGAAUAAGCGAGCCGCUGUUAUAGACCGCCGACAGAUCUUCUUGGAGAAAAAGGAGAACCCACAUGUCAAGAACUGUAACUUAACCGCAUUUGCCGCAGUAAAGUCUCAUCGCCAGCGGCGUCAUCUCGGCAAUACUUCUCUGAAUAAAACAGCCACAACCCCUCCUGGUUCAGCCACAGAAUCGGCAGGCUCACUUGCGAUGACUAACUUCGAGAAGGCUAAGAAAUGCAACUGUAAGGAUUGCAAGCAGAGACGCUGUGCGGCUGGCGGACAGACAAAGGAGCAAUUAAAUGCUAGAACUAAGUCCAUAUCAAUCCCUUGGUAUUGAAAUUUACUUCUGUUAAGAACACAUAAAUGUAUAUUAGAGAAUAAAGGGCUAGCAACCAAUAUACGUACAAAAUAUGUUAGCAUUCAGAAGCA